UGUAACAAAAAAAAAAAAAGUGUGUGUUCACUAAAAUACUGAUGCGGGGCCGAGGACACACGCACAGAAAUGUAUAGACACAGGAGAAGAAAGUGUUUAUUAGUAUUGGUUUGACGACAUGUCGAUCCAACAGGGAGGAGGAGGAGGAGGAGAGAAAGCGGAGAGAAGCGGCUUCUUCAUCGGGGCUGACUCGGACAACGUCUCGGAGGAAGACGGAGAGGACCACCGCCAACUUAUCCUACAGAGAGCGAACGCGUUGGCGUCGGAGAACCGCCUCAGAGAAGCUAUCGACUGGUUCUCGGUGGCUAUGCGGUACGGUCCCGUCAUACCCGAGCAUUUAAGCACUUUCGUGGACUGUGUCGUCCGCAACUUUAGGAGCAAACUGGACCGCAGCCGCUCAACCGCCGCCGCUACGGACGAUAUGUUCGACUGUCCCAACUGUCGCGACUUCCUGGGCGAACCUGUCACGAUAGCCUGCGGACACUCGUACUGUAAGCGGUGUCUACAGCGGCGGCUGCUGUCCAAGUGUAAGCUGUGCGGCGAGCCGGUGACCGGCCAGGAGAGACAGGUGGACGUGAUUCUGUGCGGACUCUUGGAGAAAUGGUUCCCGGGCGAGCUGAGGAAGUCGAAGACGCUGCUCGAGGUGGACGAGCUGUGUCGGGGGAAGCGUUACCAGGAGGCGGUGUCGUUAGCAACCGACGUUAUCCGGGCCGAUCCAGAGACGACAGCAGUGGCGCGGCUGUCUCGAGCGGAGGCGUACAUGGCUCUCAAACAGUACCGCCUGGCUUUGGAGGACACGGAAUUUUGUCCCGGGUCCAGAUGUUCUGCUGAAGCUGUGUUCAGGAAAGCUAUGGUGCUGCACGAGAUGGGCCAAGUGGACGAGUCUCUCCAAGUCUUCCUCCACUGCCUGUCUGUGGACGAGGACUUCCCCUGCGCUAAAAGACAAGUGGAAAAGAUCCUGUGUGACCUCCUCUCCCCGGCUGAUGAGACCGUCAAGGUCGGCCUGAGGGAAACAACCCAGAACACCUCGCCUCACGUGCGCAGUAAAACCCUCGUGGCCGAUGCCCAAGCUGAACCACAGAGCCCAGUCCAAAGACAACACCAGGUCCGCGCCACAUCAGCCCACCUCUUUGUGGACAACCAGGAGAAACGAUGGGAAAGCCUGGAGAGACCCGGUCUGAGUCGAGCUCAUUCACUGCGAGUGCACGGCUCCAUGUGCAGUGAGGAGGGGCUGAAGAGAGUUUGCUCUGCUCCUCAGCUGGGAGACCAGGAGAAGGCGAGCCUGCUGAAGAGGAAGUUGUCAGUUUCAGACACAGAGCCCUGUGUUGUGAACAGUGGAAGUAGCAAGCCCAAAAAACAAGGUAUGACGAAAGGCUCCAGACAACAGGCUGCCAAAGCCAAAACCUGCAGAAGUGUUCCCGAAGACCUGCUGGACCCCAACGACAUGGAGUGCUCGCUCUGCAUGAGGUUGUUCUAUGAGCCUGUGACUACACCGUGCGGCCACACCUUCUGUAAAAACUGUCUGGAGCGCUGCUUGGACCACAUGCCCCAGUGUCCCCUCUGCAAAGAGAGCCUGAGAGAGUAUCUGGCAUGUCGGAAGUACAUGGUGACGAAGGUUUUGGAAAGGCUGAUCAAACAGUAUUUGGGUCAGGAGUACGCAGAGAGGACAAAAAAUCACCUAGAGGAGACCAGAGAGCUUUCUGAUCUGACGAAGAAUGUGCCUAUCUUUGUGUGUACCAUGGCGUACCCCACCGUGCCUUGCCCCCUGCAUGUCUUCGAGCCACGUUACCGCCUCAUGAUUCGCCGCUGCAUGGAGACGGGGACGCGACAAUUUGGGAUGUGCAUUAAUGAUCCCCAGAAAGGGUUCGUAGAUUAUGGCUGCAUGCUGACCAUCAGGAGCGUCCAUUUCCUCCCUGAUGGACGAUCAGUAGUGGACACCAUCGGAGGGAAACGCUUCCGGGUCCUGUCUCGUGGAAUGAAGGACGGUUACAGCACUGCUGACAUCGAGCACUUGGAGGAUACCAGAGUGGAGGACGGAGAAGAGCUACAGAGACUUCAAGAGCUGCAUGAUGCGGUGUACGAGCAGGCCCGCGUCUGGUUCCAGAACCUCAAAAUCCGCUUCCACAACCAGAUCCUGCAGCACUUUGGACCGAUGCCAGAACGAGAAGCUGACAUCCAGGCGACUCCUAACGGUCCAGCUUGCUGCUGGUGGCUCCUGGCUGUGCUGCCUAUCGACCCACGCUACCAGCUCUCUGUCCUCUCCAUGACCAGCCUCCGAGAACGCCUGGUGAAGAUCCAGCACAUCCUCACAUAUCUGAUGAGCAUCCCCAACAGCUAGAGCUUCCUCUUCUCGUCGCUACAAUUUUUUUUUUUUGGGGGGGGGGACUUUUGAAAUAAUAUUCAAGCAACUUUAAAUCCACAACUUUUUGUUUCUACUCCCGUUUGAUCCCUUAAACUACAUGUAGAGCCGCCGCUUUACGGCCCUUUGUGGUAGUAGGCCUACAAACAUGCUCGAACUGUGAAUCACUGAAACCAGAGAUGUGGCUUAGCCACCUCAGGGAUACUUCCAAUGACACACAUUAUCUCUUUGUGACUGUCAAAAAAUAUUUAAAACAGCAACUAUUUGUUCUGAAAGCAGUUUAAUCAUCACAAGAACAUCGCUGAAUGAUCUUGUAGAAAUCAGAAGAGCUCUGAUUAUUCCACUUGGUUGAUGUUUUGUUGAUGCGGUUGGAGACAACAACAGCAGUAAAUCUUAACAAUCAUCUUUUGGGAGCUAUAGUUUGUGUGGUGUCAUCUCUGGUAAGAACCAGUGAACAGAAGUGUUUUGAAGUGAUUCUGUGUAACAAAAUCCUAAAUGCUGAAAGUCCAAAAAAGUGAUUUAACUGAACCACUAAGAAGAGAUUUGUGCAACUAAACGCUGGUGCAUGUGCACCAAACACAAGUAUUAAUCGAUCUCUUCCGAGCAUUUAUCUUUCCUUUUUACUCUCACUUCUCCCACACGCUUACCGUGCACUAACAUCCAUCGCUGCGUCUAAAAGAGACGAUCUGUGUUUCUUCCCAUCGUUUUUCCACUUUUCUCUCGAGUUGUCGUGCAGAUUUUUCUUUCCUAACAUCAGGUCAGAUAAACACUAAAGGCACUUAAAUCUCAUCUUGAUUCUAUGCUUCUUCUUUUACGUUUAAAAAAAAGAAAUGCUUCUCUUCCUCUCACAGUUAACCUUGCAUCGUCGUAUGCACUAUCUUCCAAAAUGUUUUGUUUUGUCAUGGACCUUUGGUGAGCCUGCUGGAGUGUGAGGAUUUUACAAAGUGUCUCCUGUAUUACUUGCCUCUCCUCUGAACCAAAAGAUUCAGCUACCCAUUGAAUUAACUUGAAUUAAUUUAUAAGUAACAAAAAACUGUAUUUGUACAUUCUGACCAUGUGUUUGUAUUUGGAAUUCUUAAAGGGUGUCUUGCAAUAUUACGACAAAUCGGAGAACAAUACGAAUACGGCAGACUCUGUUUGCUUGGAGGAGAGAGGACGGUACCUGCAGUGCUUCAGUCAGAGACUGCAUUUGCCUUACACCAUUUUUGUAUUGUGAUUUGAAUAACGAUGCUUUGGCUUGGUUACCAUUCCUUUUUGCCAUUGUAUGAAGUAUGUUUUGUUUUUUUCUCUCACGGUUGGUGUUUGUGUAUGAACAAUUCUUUAAAAAAAAAAAAAAA